AUGCUAACCAAUUUGUCGCGUAAGCAGCUUCUGAUCAAGUUCAUUGAGACCCAUGACAUUAGCGUGGACCCGAAGAAGAUCUCUGAAGCAUGGCCAGCUGAAAAUGAGGACGCCCGUCCUACGCCUCGCGCCAUCACUGAGCGAAUCCAUAAAAUUCGCGCACUCGCGAAAGCUACUGCAGCCAAAAAUGGCACUUCAGCCCCCACAACCCCUGCUUCUCGCAAGCGCGGACCUAGAGGCUCAAAGUCUAGCACCAAGCGGUCUCGCACUGGAGGCCCGAAGAAAGACACGAGUGGAGAAAAUGGUUCCCCUCGCACUCCGACCCCAGCAAACAAUGGAGGGCCGGUGAAAAAAGAGACGACUGAUGAGAACUUGGUUUCUAAUGGGGAGUUGGAAGAUAUGUUCACGCACCGACCUUUGGGUAAACGCGUGAGAACCAACCCUGCCCUGCCCCUAGGGAUGAUCAAGUAUGAAAGAGAUACUGACGAGGAAGAUGCAAUGAAGUACGAAAGCAGCGUCAGCGAAUUCGCUCCCGCUGAUGGAGAUGACAAAGACGAUGACGACUUCAUGGAUGACCUCAUUAAGGAUGAAAUCGUUUAA